CUUGCGGGGGUGGGGGUUAGGAAGCAAGCUUGGCGCGUGCGCAAGCUUAAGCACGUUGCUAUGCCUUAGGGUCGCACCUUGUGGCCGUUAUUGGCACACUCUGCUCUUGAUUUUUGGUACUUACUGGAGCAACUUGGCGCCCUACUUGCUGUAGGACCCUGGGUGAUGGGAGAAGAGCGGGAGGGCAGUUUUCUAACAGUAUAAGAGAGACCAUCCCCUUUUGGGGUUCAUCAAGAUGAGUAAGUCCUCGGGCGGCUACACAUACACGGAGACCUCAGUAUUAUUUUUCCAUUUCAAGGCCCCAAAAGGUUCAAAGUCCAAGAUGGCAACCCUCAAGGACCAGCUGAUUGUGAAUCUUCUUAAGGAAGAACAGGUCCCCCAGAACAAGAUUACAGUUGUUGGGGUUGGUGCUGUUGGCAUGGCCUGUGCCAUCAGUAUCUUAAUGAAGGACUUGGCAGAUGAGCUUGCCCUUGUUGAUGUUAUGGAAGACAAGCUGAAGGGAGAGAUGAUGGAUCUCCAGCAUGGCAGCCUCUUCCUUAAAACACCAAAAAUUGUCUCCAGCAAAGACUAUGGUGUAACUGCAAACUCCAAGCUGGUCAUCAUCACAGCGGGGGCCCGUCAGCAAGAGGGAGAGAGCCGACUCAAUCUGGUCCAGCGAAACGUGAACAUCUUCAAGUUCAUCAUUCCCAACAUUGUGAAGUACAGUCCACACUGCAAGCUGCUUAUUGUCUCAAAUCCAGUGGAUAUCUUGACCUACGUUGCUUGGAAAAUCAGUGGCUUUCCCAAAAGCCGAGUUAUUGGAAGUGGUUGCAAUCUGGAUUCAGCUCGGUUCCGUUACCUGAUGGGAGAAAGGCUGGGGGUUCACCCGCUGAGCUGUCACGGGUGGGUCCUGGGAGAACAUGGCGACUCCAGUGUGCCUGUGUGGAGUGGUGUGAACGUUGCCGGUGUCUCCCUGAAGUCUCUGAACCCAGAACUGGGCACUGAUACAGAUAAGGAGCAGUGGAAGGAUGUUCACAAGCAGGUGGUUGACAGUGCCUAUGAGGUGAUCAAGCUGAAAGGUUACACAUCCUGGGCCAUUGGCCUCUCUGUGGCCGACUUGGCUGAGAGCAUAAUGAAGAACCUGAGGCGGGUGCAUCCCAUCUCCACCAUGAUUAAGGGUCUCUAUGGGAUCAAUGAUGAUGUCUUCCUCAGUGUCCCAUGUAUCCUGGGACAAAAUGGAAUC